GUCGGGAGCGGCGCCACUGGAGGCGCGACGAACACGCACAACGGCUUCAUCCUCUCGGCCCUGGACGAGUACGUCUACCUGCUCGAGCGCGAGGGGAUCUGGGCCGUGCUGGACAUUGGAGCCACGCGCAGCCUCGGUGGCGUCGAGAGCGUAGAGAACCUCAUGUACGAGAUGCUGGUGAACCACGACGUGGAGUUCGAGGCGCACGGCGACACCUGCUCCUUCACUUUCGGCGACGGGCUCCAGAAGAGCUCGAUGGGGACGGUCUCUGGACGUGCAUACUUGGGACCGGAGCUCCGAGACAUUAGCCUCUCAGUGAUGGCGAACCGCGUCCCCAUUCUCCUGGGCAUGGACAUCCUGACGGACGACUUGAAGGUAGUGGUCGACUGUGGCCGCAACUGGAUUGGGUUGCCGACACUGGGCAACAAGGUCUACUACUGCGAGAGGCUCUCGAGCAAGCACCUGGCGAUCAACCUUUCGACGCCGCAGUGGUGGCGCGAGGUCUCUCUACCCUGGUCCCUGGAGAACUGCCACGUCAACAUGGCAAGGCGGGACUCCAUCGUGCUGGACGAGAAGCCGGAGGAGCCCGUGACGGGCUGCGCUGGCUGCCUCGCCGACCUCAAGAGGGUCCACAUCUCCAGGGGAGACCUCGAGCCAGCCCCCCUCGAGCCGACCGAGAGCGACGCGAUGUGCGACCGAGAGAAGACCCACGACGUCUCAAAGUUCGAGCAGCCCGAGACCGAUGACGACCAGGGGCUCGAGUGGGACAAGGUGGGGGAGCACUUGGACAUUCUCAGGGACUUCGGAGGCAACAAGAGGUUCUAG